AUGCUGCCUGAUGCCUCCAAGCCAUUUCACGCUGUUUGUGACGCAAGCAACUUUGCGAUUGGAUGUGCCCUCAUGCAAUGUGACGACGGGAGCCGAGAGCGCGUCGUGAGUUCUCAGCGGCCGAUGAAACCUGCCGAGAGAAACUAUCCGGCACAAGAUAAAGAACCUCUGGCUAUGCGUUAUGCUCUGAUCAAGUUCAGGGCAUAUUUACUCGUCGAGAAGAUGUUUUCAGUAUAUACAGAUCACGUAUCACUGCCCCGAAAGAAUAAGAUCCUUGCUGACGCGCUUCCUCUGCGUCCCGACUACUAUCCUCGACGCGACAUGGGCGAUCAGCCAGGUAGUGCAGAUGACGAAGACGAUGACAUAUAUUUGUGGUGUACCGAGCUGGGGCUCAAUGCAAUGUUCUCGACACCUGAGCUACCAAUUCGGUCUCAGAUUGCUAAGUAUUACUCGAAUGAUUCCUCCUACUCAGGAUCGAUUAACUAUUUUCGACACCCUGGUGAACAUUCACUCGCGAAGCUGACGAAACCAACGCGUGACAACAUCAAGCGUUACGCGCUUGAUGGCCCGCUACUGACGUUCACGAUGGAUGUCUUUGACCACCGCGCGUAG